AUGUCUAAUGAAUCUAAUGAAACCUACUAUAAUUUUGAGGAUUAUUGUCGUUUUAGAAAUAUUUUCGAAGGGUUGUAUGAAAAAUCGUUUGAUGAGAAUAUUAUUCAAACAUUUAUUUCGAAUAAUAAAAUUGAAGAUGAAUUAGAACGACAAAGAUUUAUUUACGAUUGCAGAAAAAUCCAGAUAUAUUUAAAACACGUUAAUACUGAUGACUUAUGUAAUAAUACUAAAUGUUGUCAAUAUAUUAACUACUUCCUAAAUGAUAAAAUUAGUAGUAUUCUUUAUAAAAAUAAAGAUAACAUUUUUCAAUUAUUCAUGAGUUAUAUGCAGCACGAUAAUAAAAUUAAUACCCAUAUGUGCGUAAAUAAAAUUCUUAAAAUAGAUGAUGAUAUACAAAAAAAGAUAAAAGAAUUAUAUGAAUUAUAUGAUCUCUACGAAGUAAUUAUUGGAAGAGUUAAAUUCCUUAAUAACAAUCCAUCAUUAUGUGAUACCUUUAAUGAUUUUAUUACUACAUUUAAUAAGGUUGUAGAGAAAAACGAUCCAACAAAGAGUAGUUACCUGUUUAAUGAAUUAAAAAAUCUUAAAUGCAAAAUUGAAAAUGAUGGGUGGUUUUCUCAUAGUACAUGUGGGUCCUAUUUAAAAACAUCAUGGACCAACAAAAAUAUUGAACAUUAUACAAAAACAUGCGAAACUGAAGGAAAAGCAAUGAAAUUACCAGAAACAGCAGAUGGGUUACGAGAACAUCAAAAUACAGGACAUGGAGGAGAAAUUGAAAAUGGGUCAGCUAAGGCAAACAAUUUAAGACCUAUCAUGCCAAUAUCACUUGUUAUUAUUGUUGGAGGAACAACUCUCCUAUUUAUGUACAAGGUUCUUGAAAAAUACAUAUGA